CAGCAACCCGGAAGCAGGCUCGAGAAAUUUUUAGAAGGCGGUUGCGGGCCAUCAGAAAAUUGCAACACCAAAACCACCACCGAAAAUAUUGGCCGUCGUCCGAGCGGAUUCGAAACAACCAAAACCUGGCCCAACAUGUCAACCACACUUCUACCGUUCUUGUACCAAACACGGACACUCCAACGGAUGUCAAGAGCUGGUCUUUCGACUCCAGGAUUCCGAGCUCUGCUACAUUCGACAGCCCGCGCCAACCAUCCGAGGGAUCGGGAUCGGCCCAAGCCGAUCAAGCCCGCAGAAAGAGGGGCUGAUGAUAUUCCAUUCGAGCUGCCGGAGGGUUAUGAGCCCCACGAUACGAGGACGGACGCCGAACGCGAUGCCGAGUCCGGCACAAAAUCGACCAUUACCCCGUCGGAGCGGGAAACCUUCAGCCGCAUCUUCGAGGAGAUCGCGGCCCGUCAAAAGCCGGGGGCUCCUCCUACCGAAUCAACCGCUCCCUCCUCUGGGGAGGGCGAUGUAGCCACCGCGGCACAGGAGCCGAAAUCUGCGCCUUCUUUGCCCGGUCUCCCCGGCUUCAAAAUUAACAACUUUGAAGUCAGAACCGAAGAGCCCAACCCCGAGUCGAUCCGCAACACCAUCAACAUCAUUGUGCAGGAUGCGGCCGAAGUACAGACCAAUUCCAGGCGACAAACGAAAACACCCUUCGACGCGCUCCACCCUCUCGAGCAAGUGUCAUCAGCGACAGAGUGGGAAAAAGCAUUCCUCCGCUUUCCUCCAAGCCUGCGCCAGGCGGCCCGCAUGGCACUGGGCACCGUCGAGGAAGGGAAGGCUGCGGAGAGGAUUGGCAACGCCAGUGCCGUCGCGGAAGAAAGCAGUAUGACUGAAGAGCAGCGCGCGGCUGCUCAGAUCGACCUCGUCCUCGACCCACUCUCCAAGUCGGUCCAGAACGAAGCCCUGCGUCGCGAGGAGCGCAACCGGGUCGACGCCAAGAUGCGCGCCGCCAAGAGCGACUUCGAGCUCUGGGACGUGCUCGAGGAGGAGGUGUUCCCGCUGGUACAAAAGCUCGGCCUCGACGAAGACGCGUCCAAGACGGAGUCGUCUUCGAAACGCGGCGGCAAGCGCAAGCGCGACAAGAGCGAGAUGGCCCUGCACAUCUACGGCCCGCUGUACCCCGCCUACCUCCUCAACGCGCUCGUGCUCUUCGACACGCAGUUUGCGCGCUCCUCGCCGCUGGCGCUGCACAUCCUGCCGCGCGUCAAGGAGCUCGGCCCGGCCAGCUACGUGCUGGGGGUGAGCACGCCCUUCUACAACGAGCUGGCGCGCCUGCUGUGGAACCGGUACGGCGACCCGACCGCCGUCUUCAACCUGCUCGAGGAGAUGCGCGUCGUGGGGCUGUACUGCGACGAGGGCACCCGCCAGGUCGUGCUGCGCAUCGAGCAGUUCCUGGCCUCGGUCGGCGAGGGCCGCUGGGGCCCCUUCCUCCGCGAGCUCGCCAGCCUGCCCGAGUACGAGUUCGCCGUGCUGCCGCGCAUUCGCCAUUGGAUGAAGACGAUUAAUAUCCAUAUUGUGGAAAGGAGGAAUGCGCUGCAGGAGUAGGGUGAUAGGAUGGGGGGGAGAUGCAUGGGCCGUGUACGGCAAGCAAUGUGUAGUGAUAAACGAUGUACAACAGUGUCAUGAUCGAUAUCGCAGCUUUUGGUAAUAGACAAGCGAGCCUGUGAUGCUCUCGUCAACGC